GGUCACCAUGUUCUGCUCUGAGGCUGUGUGAAGCUGUGAGGUCACAAAGCACCACAGUGAUGUGCUGGGUGCUGGGGCACAGGCACUAUUCCGGCACUUGCAGUGGCUGCUGCGCUGGUGGUGGCAGUAUUGCAUGUGUGUUGGUGACCAUGGUCCCAGGACACCUCCUCCUCCUCUUCCUCCUCGUGGCCUUGGAGGCCUCUGGCAUCCAGGCUGCUCCAUGGCGAAGAUCGAGAGCAGAUGUGCCCCCAGAGAGGGCUUUUCCAGCCCUUCCGCGGCCUCCUGCGCUUGAUCCACUUGACCCACGCUGGCAUCCCAGAGCUGUGCUUGUUGGUGAUAAGUACAGAGUUCUGUGGCCUAGUCCUCCUCACGUGCCUCAGGGUGAUUCUGAAGAUGUGGCAGUAGGUGAUGGUUAUCCAGCUUUCCAGCUGCGUUCCAGUGCGGAACCUCCAGGAGAUCACAUGGAUAUGCCCUCAGAGAAGGCUCCUCCGGCUCUUCCGCGACCUCCUGUGCCAAAUCCAAGAUGGCAUCCAAGAGGUACUCCGAGAGCACGAUAUACAGCUACAAGAGGAAAAAAAUCCCCUGAGACAUCUGAAGUCUUAGAGAAAGCUGUGAAGAAACUGGUGCAGAUAGAGUUUGGUGAGCCCCCAGGUUUUUUUUGUUAA